AUGAUGUCGGCAACACCAGGCCGACGGCAUCCAACAUCAUCUCAAUCCCACCCUCAAUCACAAUCACGGAGACGAAGCACAGCCCGCAGCUCAGACGCAGAAGAAGUAUCUCUACCACCAUACCAACCCCCCGAGGCACCCCUCACACUUGACAGCCAGCGCCAAAUCGCUGUCCUCCUCUCAUCUCACCACCUUCGCACCCUCCGCACCCACCUCGAACACGCCGCCGAGAAACUCACACAUUCAGGUGGCGAAGUAAAUGAGCGCCUUUGUGAUGCGCGGGCCCGCUACGAGAAAUCCAAGGAAGUGCGACGGCGUCAGGGCGAUGAGACCGUUGACGAUGAUGAGGGGAAUGAGGAGUACCAGCGGCUUGCCGAGGCGGAGGCUCGAGUUGAUGCUGUCAGUGCGCGAAUGGAAGAAAAGACACGAUUGAUUGUCGAUUCAGAACUCAAGUUACAAGGUUUGACGGAGGCGAUGACCCAGAUUGAGGGGGAGGCGCUUGAGGCAGUCAACGCCGCUCUGGGAGUGAGACAAACCCGCCAACAACGGGCAGUGCAGAGAGCCGAUGCUGGCGAUGAUGCUGAUGGGGAAGACCCCGAGGAUGGAGACUACGAAGAUCCUGCUGAGCGAGAGGCCAGAGAGCGCAAUGCGCAGAACCCGCCCAGUCGCAAACUAGAUGAUAGGUUGAUGGAGGGAGUGCAGAAGUGGAAUGCGCUUUCUUUGACUGAGAAAUAUGCCAGCAAUAACUCUUACAUCGGUUUCUACCGAAUGGUACACGACUCCAAGUUCCCCGGCGACGAUGUACCGCCUCUCCCACACUCAUCUACAUGGUUCAACCACAUGGAAGAUAUCAAUGCACGAUCAGGGACUUCAGUACGCACGCGCAACCGGAACCGGGACCCCUCACCUGCCGACUCCGAUGACAUUGCCAUUGAGCGUGAGCGGGUCUCCCUCAAAUGUCCAUUGACUCUAACUCCCUACGUUGAUCCCGUGACCAGCACAAAAUGCCCCCAUAGCUUCGAGCGCACAGCCAUCAUGGACAUGAUCACUCGCAGCAAAACGACCAUUGCACCCCCAGCGUCUCGCCGAAACCAGCGCCGCAUUCACAUGGUCAAAUGCCCAGUCUGUUCUAUUCCGUUGACUGCGGAUGAUCUGCGGCCCGAUCCCGUUCUACUGCGACGUGUGCGUCGCGCGCAAGAGCUGCAGGAGCGCGAAGAUGAAGAUGAUCACCUCGAAGGAGAUGGUCGAAAACAAAAGGACCGGUCUACCAACAUUACUUUGGCUAGUGAUGGGGAGAGCGAUGACGAUGCCAUGGAUGUUGAUGCGCCUCCCACCCAGCGUAUUAAGCCGGAACCGCUUAGUCAAGCUGCCGAUGCUGUUGAAUCGGAUUUCGAUGAUUCAGAUGACGAUGCCGAGAGUGCGGAUGCUGAGAAUGAUGGUGAGUUGCCAAACGGGAGGAAUCGGGAAGAAUAUAAUAACGAGGAAGACGAUAAUAACGGAUCAGAAAAUGCAGAAGAGGACGGAGAACAGCCUGGCGUGAGCCAAGGCAAUGAAUUGGAGGAUGCAAAUAUGGAACACGCAGAGGCGGAGAAUCAGGAAGAGGAGGAUGGUAAUGUGCAAGCAGAUGUGGAGGGAGGCGAAGAGCAGGAUGGUGAAGCUGAAACCGAGAACAUGCACGAAAACGCCCCAGAUGCUCCGAGCAAGCAAGGGGAGAGUGACGAGGAUGAUGGCGAGGACUCCGACACUGCUACUGAUAGUGAUAGUGAUAUUUCGACCCAGGUCAAGAGUGAGUCAGAGGAUGAGGCAUCGCAAGCAGGAAGCGACAGUGAUUGA